AUGACCAAGGAAGGUUCACGGAGGUUUAUUUACAAUGCGAUUAGCAGCAAUGAUUUUCUCAACAACUUGGAGCACAGUCAGAUUGAGGAGAUAGUCUUGUGUAUGUACGAGAAGCGCGUCAGCAAAGGCUGCUACAUAAUACGCGAGGGCGAGCCAGGAGACGCCCUCUACGUCACUGCAGAAGGGAUCGUAGAGGUACUAAAAGGUGAUCGAGUUAUUGGGCAAAUGGAAGUUGGCCGAGCAUUCGGUGAGAUGGCCCUCCUCUACAACUGUAAUCGAACUGCCUCUGUCAGGGCCCUCACAAAUGCCAAAUUCUGGACUCUUGACCGACGGGUCUAUCAACAAAUAAUGAUGAACUCCUCCCUCCACAAGCACAAGGAAAAUCUCCAAUUCCUUAUGAGUGUUUCGGAUUUCAAGAAUCUAUCUCAACGAAAGCUCCAUAAGCUUGCAGACGUGCUAGAAUUGAUUUACUACCCUGGAAACGAAUACAUAAUUCGUCAGGGCGAGGUCGGAGAGACGUUUUUCAUUAUUCACUCCGGUCAGGUAUGCGUCUCUGCAUCGUCCUCCUUUCCUUUGCGAAUAUUUCCCAACCCCAUCACUCCCCUUGCCUUGGUUGUUCGAUCACGCUUUGCCGUGAAAAUUACGCAGUCGAAAUAUCCAGGCGAACCGCCACAAGAGAUUCGCGUUCUCGGCUCCGGUGACUGGUUCGGUGAACGAGCACUCUACACGCGAGAUAAACGGAGUGCCAACGUGGUCGCUUUGCCCCCAGGCGUUCACGUGCUUUGUCUCGAUCGGAGUAAUUUCAUUCACCUUAUCGGGGAUUUAAGUGAAAUCAAGUCGAAGGAGUACGGCGACUUCAGUCGAGGAGUUCCCAGCCACUCGCCAGCUACCGACGUAGAAGACUUCUGCUCUGAGGACAAGCGCCAUUCAAACGCUUCACAAAUCUGUGUUGACGAUGACCCGGCAGCGGCCGCCGGUGGAUACCCAGUGUCACUCCCCGCACCCCCCGUGGUCUUCAAAAGUGGCACGGCGGUCGUCGAUGGACAGGCGUCCAUCGCUGGUGCCCACACACACUUUGCGGGGCGACAGGCCAUCCAAUACGAAGAUCUUGUGUCUGUGGCUAUUCUCGGUAUUGGUGGUUUCGGUCGCGUUGAACUGGUUGUGUUGAAACAUGACCAGAAUAAAUCCUUCGCAUUGAAAUGCAUGAAGAAGCAGCAUAUUGUCGAGACGCGGCAACAAGACCAUAUUUUCUCUGAGCGAAAUCUCAUGUUCGAAAUAAGAUCGCCCUUCGUUUGUCGGUCAGUUCCUAAAGGUUGUGCAUUUUUUUUUCUACCACCUCAGAUUCUCCUAGAAGCGAUUCAUUUAAUAAUUUUUUUUUGUUCUAAAAGGUUGUAUGCCACUUACCGGGACAACAAAUAUGUGUACAUGCUUUUGGAAGCUUGCCUCGGUGGCGAAAUCUGGACCAUACUUCGAAAUCGAGGAAACUUUGACGAUACUAUCACGCGUUUUAUUGUGGCCAGCGUACUCGAAGCAUUUACAUACCUUCACACCAACCACAUCAUUUACCGUGACUUGAAACCAGAAAAUCUUCUUCUUGACGAACGGGGAUAUAUUAAACUAUGUGAUUUUGGUUUCGCAAAGAAGAUAACUCCAGGGAAGAAGACCUGGACAUUUUGUGGAACUCCGGAAUAUGUUGCUCCUGAGAUCAUUCUCAACAAAGGACAUGACCACUCUUCCGACUAUUGGUCUCUCGGAAUCCUAAUGUUUGAACUCCUUACCGGAAGCCCACCCUUUACGGGAAUGGACCCGAUGAAGAUAUACAAUAUCAUUCUCCGGGGGAUCGAUGCAAUCAUGUUUCCCCCAUUCCAAAUAAACCGGACGGCUACGGCACUCAUUCACCGCCUCUGCACUCAAAACCCUGUCGAACGACUCGGCUACGGUCGGGGAGGCAUCGUGGACAUCAAGCAGCACAAGUUACAACGUAAAUUGCUCUUUUCUAUUUCAGGUAUUUUCAGGGAUUUGAUUGGAUCGGGCUGUGUCGAGGCACACUUCAAGCACCAAUCGUGCCAAAAGUAG